GGCGGCUCGAAUGACGUCAUCGUGAGGGCGGGACGUGUCCUGCGGAAGUGACGAAGGCGGUCGCCAUGGUGGUCGGCGCGUUCCCCAUCGCCAAGCUGCUGAUGCUCGGGAUCCGCCAGGUCAGCCGACCGCUCGCCAACUCCAUCAAGGCUAACGCCCGGAGGAAUGAGUUCUUUAAGCGUUAUGUCUGCUUGCCGCCGGCGCAGGCCUAUCACUGGAUUGAAAUGAAAACCAAGAUGAGGAUCAUGGGGUUCAAAAGUGGUAUGGUGCAACCCUUGAGCGAGGAGGUCGCAGCAGAACUGGGCGCUGAGCUUCUGGGAGAGGGCAUUGUAUUCUUCAUCGGAGGCGCCUGCAUCUUUGCCGAGUACAUGAGGCAGUCCACCAACGCGGCAAGAAAAGAGGAGGAACUGAACAGCACGUUGCAGAACCUGCAGGAGCAGGUUGCCCAGCUCUCCCUGACUAUCGAGGAACUUGAUGCCCGGAUCCGAGAAAACAAUCGUCUUAUCCACUCACUCCCUCAGCCCUCGAAGUAGCACUCUGAGCCGAGGUUUGACGGUUGGGAAAAAAAAACUCCUUGAUGGGGAUGAAAGUUGCCCCCAGUUCAGACAACUGCUUGGGUUUUAAAAAACUCUUCCAAGUGAGUCCUGCUAUAUUGGGAUGUGGGAGCAGGGGGGGUUUGAGCACUGAAGACUAAUCACUUGCCUGCUAUAAAUACCUCCAAUUUUGACAUGCACACACGUUGAUGCUGUAAAUUCCUUAGUCCUGUUUGUACUUUUGUUCGAAUUCAUGGCUGUAUAAACCAUUGUUUGGGCUAUCACAGCGUGUGUGCCUUGGAACCCCUGUAACAGUUUGGCAAUCAUGAGUUUAAAUUUUGCCAGGUUGCGUCAAACCAUUCCCUGGUUUCAUUCUCAGUUUCAUGCCACGUAGCGACUUCACACGGGAAGAACCAUCAGCUGGAAGGAAUGAUAGACUCAUAACAGUGCCUUGCAGAAACUGCCUUUGGGAACCAGUGUCACCCUGACUUGCCUUGUUUGAGUAAAGCAAGUCUCUCUGUCUCGUCCAUAAUAGCGUCCACUGCCUGGAAAACACUAUUGUCUUUGGGAAUUUUGGCCAAACAGUGUAUUUCUCAACAUGCAACGUUGCCACAUUUGAGUUUAUGUUCCUGUCUGCAUUUUAGUUCUGUGUACGCCUGGAACAGAGGAUGUAUUAAAGAUUUUAAGACUGGACAAUGACAAGAAACAUACAUCUCACACCAUUAGGAUGAACUGUGACUUUUCUUUCUUGCAAUCUUUUAACAGUAUGCUAAAUAUGUCCAGUAACAAGACAAUGGGUAAAAUUUUAAAGGGAUACCAAAUGCAAAUUUAUGUAAAGAAAUGACAUGGCACCCCAACAGCUUCAGACAGGGAACGGAUGUCUGCCCUUAGUAUCCCACCUCCUGAUCUUAUAUUGCAGUUAGACUCACCUGGUGUUAGUGUCCGAGCCAGUGAUUAUUUACAAGUAAAAAGUUGAUCAUGUUUCUUCAUUUCUGAUGGAGUUAUAAAUUUCAGCAGUAAAGGGCUGAAUUUGGUUUCCAUUCUAUUAACUGUAGCAUGUUUUUUUUUUGUUGGUGGGAACGGAUUGAGGUUCCUCCCCUGUACCUUUCUCCUCAAUCCUGCCACAAUAUUAAUAUUUUGCUGAAGUACAUAGAUGUACAACAUCAAGUUGAGCUGUGCAAACUCACUGCGGCAAAAAAGGCCUUUCUGAAUCUGUGGUUUAAUCCCAGGAGUGUUCGAAGGUGGGUGAUGCUUGAGUAAAUGUUAGGUGUCUGCCUGGGGUAAUGAAUUAAGGGUGUAUUUAAACCAUUUUAGCUUGGUUCUCAAAUUGGCAACAUGAUGCAGGGAGACUCAGCACUUUGUAGUCAUGUCAGUUGAUUUAGAAUUAUGCUUGCUCUAUGACCACUUUCUCAAGUACCACUUUUAUUGAAAAUACACUUGAGUAUUAGCCAUUGGCUUCAUUAAGAUGUUUUCACAUCAAAAAUAAAUUUGUGCAGGCCAAAUUGUCACUUGUAAUGAUACAAUUGUACAAAUGGACUAAAGUGUUACAGUUUCAUCAGCAUUACAGUGGCUGGGAGUGGUGUGGCCCUGUUAAAAUGGCUAGUGUGGUGUACCUCCAAAUUUCACAUGCAGGCCAACUGUGGCUUAGAGGAAAGCUCACUUGCCUGUACAUCAAGUCCCAAUUCAGAGAGACUGGAGCAUAGUACGUUUGACUAAUACUCCCAGUACAGUACUGUGUCACUGGUACAGUGUUGGAGAUGCUACCUUUCAGUGGCAAACACUGGUCUGUGAUAGUGAUGUCAACAGCAUAGGUUCAAUUCCUACACUAGCUGAAGUUACCAUGAAGGCUUCUCCUUCUCAACCACUUCCCCUAGCCUGAACCAUAGUAACUCAGGUUAAACCACCACCAGUUCUCUCUCACUUCGAUGUGACUGUGUACCUAUGGUCCAGUAGGACUUUGGCUCCUGCAUUUUUUUUUAGAAAAAGCAAUGGUUACUUGACUCUUGACAUUAGACUGUGACCCUCUCAGCUUCUCCGUCCAUCCCUCCCCCAGCAAUCUCUGCUCAUUCCAAGAUUGCAAAGGCCAGGUGUGGAGUGUCAUGUGGCAGUAGACAGAGAUCUGCGAGUGUGUGUAUGGUCUCAGCUUAGCAGUGUGAUCUUUGCUUUAAUGACUGGAAUGCCCACUUAUCUUGUAAUAAAAGAUUUAUUUACAAAACAUUGUAAAAUAAUUAUAAAUAAAAUCUAUUGAUGACAA